AUGCAGAAAGAGCCACAUCUCACAUCUUCACAGAAAGGUUUCACAACCAGCACUCUGGGCACCGAGGCGCAGAAUCGCAUUAGUUUCAGCGCUUCAAACCUGGCGGCGUAUCCGCGUGUCAGUAUCAGAGAGAUGCCCGCCGUCAGUGACCCAACAAGACACAAAGCCUUUCGGCGUCGCCUCACACGUAACGGCCUCAGCCAAACACCAGCAGCAGCAGCUGAAAAGCCAGAGCCACUGAGAGCCAGAGGGCUCAAUGUCCACCGACAUCAUCCAAAUAGUUGGAAAGAGGAAAUGGAACUAAGGAAAACAGACAAAAACUGUGUGGGAGUGCUGGCAAACCAGGUGGAGUCUCGUCUUCCUUCGGAAAACAAGCCGCGGGGCCCUCUGAGUGGCGCAUCGAGAAAUUUGGUCACGCUGGCUGCUACACCAAAGCGGCGGGGAUGGGCAUCCAUCCUGUCCCACAAACCACACAGGGUCCCACGUGGUGGAGGUGAAGGGACAAGUGCUGCGUCCCAGCAGGAGGACAAUCUUUUGUCUUCUGGCGGUUGUUCCGACGCCUUUUCUACCUCCGUCAACUUGAAGGGCCUCUUCGCAGGACCCCAGGUGCCAACAGAUUCUGGGACCAAGAAGGCAGCAGCUGAAGCGGCUCCAGCUCCAGCUCCAGCUCCAGCUCCAGCUCCUGCUCCAGCUCCAGCUCCAGCUCCACCUGCUCCAAAUCCAGCUCCGUCCACGGAGGAAAAACCAGCUGAUAAGGAGGAUGAAGCCAAGAAAGAUGACAAACCACAGGCUCCAACCCCAGCCCCAGCUCCCACACCAGCCCCAGAUCCCACACCAGCCCCAGCCCCUGCAGCUGCCCCGGCCCCGGCCCCUGCAGCUGCCCCAGCCCCAGCCCCAGCCCCGGCCACCACAGCCACACCUGCUAACCCUGAUCAGGCUGGGACCGAGGGACAGGAAGAAGCCCCUCCUCCACCUCCACCUAUAGUCAUCAACAGAUAUUCUGAUGAUCAACUUAGAGCCAUAGCCAAACGGUUGAGGGAGAGGCAGGUGCUCUACAAGGAGAAGGCGAUCGAUCAGUACGCCUCAUCCCCUGAGAUUAGCCCUCCUGUCACGCCGUUGCUGCGCAAAGACCACUAUACAAAAGUCAUGGAAGAAAGGACCAAGCAGGCCGAAGAGGAGCGGAUAAAGAAAGAAGAAGCUGAUAAAAAGAAGAAGGAAGAACAGGAAAAGAAAAAGAAGGAAGCUGAAGAAAAAAAGAAGGAGGAGGAGGAGAAAAGGAAAGAAGAAGAAAAGAAAGUGAAGAUCCCCGUGAAGACUAGGAUGAUUGCAGCUUAUUGGUCCUCAGUUGACUUGGUGUUAAAGCCCAUUGAGGAUUCCAUGGACUCAGUGCUGGGGGAAACCAUCGAUCCUUUCACAGAUCGCCGCUAUAUCGCAUGGCUGAGUCUGGUGACUUUGGCUUUCAACUACAACACGUGGUUUGUCACAGUGCGAUUGUGUUUUCCAUAUCACAACGAGUGGGCGAACCCCUACUGGUUCAUGAUGGACGUCUUGGCUGACCUCAUCUACCUCACAGAUGCCAUCUUGUUCCAGCCUCGCAAGCAGUUCGUCAAAGCAGGAGACAUCAUAAAAAACCGCACAAUGACAAAGAAGCACUACAGAGAUUCCGAGAGAUGCCUGGCUGACAUAGUGUCUGCUUUACCAUUUGACCUAUUAUACGCACAGUUUGGAUUCCAUUCUAUUUUCAGAGCCAAUCGUAUACUGAAGGUAGACACGUUUUUUGAGUUCAGUGAUCGUCUGGAGAGCAUCAUGGCCAAGGCUUACAUCUGGAGAGUCAUUCGCACCAUUGGAUAUCUGCUCUUCAUGCUCCACCUCAAUGCCUGCAUCUACUAUGUGGCCUCUGACUACCAAGGCAUAGGAAAAACAAAAUGGGUCUACUCAGGCCUGGGGAGCGCGUACCUGCGUUGUUACUACUAUGCUGUCCGCAGUCUGAUCAACAUCGGGGGUCUUAACGAGCCCCACACCGUCUUUGAGAUUACCUUUCAGAUGACUAACUUUUUCACGGGCGUCUUUGUGUUCUCCAGUUUGAUUGGACAGAUGAGAGAUGUCAUUGGUGCGGCCACAGCGGGACAGACCUACUUUCGAUCCUCUAUGGACAACACAGUAGCCUACAUGGUGGCCAACAACAUUCCCUCUCUGGUGCAGAACAGAGUCCGCACCUGGUACACCUACACAUGGGACGCUCAGGGCAUGCUGGAUGAGUCGGAGCUGCUGGAUAAGAUGCCUCUAGUGAUGAGAACAGCAAUUGCUGUGGACGUCAACCUGGCAACAUUUCAGAAGAUCGACCUUUUCAAGGGUUGUGACCAGCAGAUGUUGGUGGACAUGUUGUUGAGGCUCAAGUCCAUCAUCUACCUGCCUGGGGAUUUUGUUGUGAAAAAAGGGGACAUCGGGAAAGAGAUGUACAUCAUAAAAGGUGGAGCCGUGCAGGUGGUGGGAGGACCUGACAACAGCAUUUCUUCCAAAGAUGGAGGGAACAGACGGACGGCCAACGUCAAAGCCUACGGCUUCGCCAACCUUUUUGUCCUGGAGAAGAAAGACUUGUUUGACAUAUUGGUCCACUAUCCAGAGUCUCAGAAAGUUCUGGCCAGGAAAGGAAGAAAACUCAUGAAAGCUAAGGGCCCAGCAGCAGCCAAAGCCGACGAGGAAAAGAAGAAAGGACUGGCGUUGUUUGGCCCCAAACCACCAACACCCAAACUGCUCCGAGCCUUCGGUGGAACCAUUAACAAGAAGAUGAUUGAAAAAAUGAAGGUUGAAGAGACUGCUGGGGGCUCCCGAGGCUCCCCCAGCCCGAGCAGCGGCUCCGCCCUCCACUUCAGCUCCCCCGCCAAAGCUGCUGGUCCUGCUCCGGCUGCUGCUCCUGAUGCGCCCGCUAAUCCGGAGGGCGAAGGGGAGGAACCCCCACCUCCACCACCUGUUGUCUACUCCCGCUAUGCAGAUGACACCCUUAGAAAUAUUAUCUUGAGGUUAAGAGAGCGAACAAACAUUCUCAAGGAGAAAUCCAUAGAUCCUUAUGCCACCUCUCCAGAAAUCACCCCGCCUGUCACACCUAUCCUGAGAAAGGAUGACUACAUCAGAUUGAAGGAAGAGGAGCGGAUAGCAAAAGAAGAAGAAGACAAAAGGAAGGCCGAGGAAGUGGUCAAAAAGGCAGAGGAGAAGAAGAAAAAAGAUGAGGAGAAGAGGCUGGAGGCAGAGAAGAAAGCAGAGGAGGAGAGGCUCGCGGAGGAGGCCAAGAAGAAGGCAAAGAUCCUCCCGGACCUCAGCUGCUCCUGCUUCGACAUCCUUUUCCGUCCGUUCGAGGAGAAGCUGGAUACCAUUUUGGGAAACACCAUCGACCCCUUCACAGAUCGCCGCUACAUUGCCUGGUUGGCCCUCGUGGCGGUUGCAUUCAACUACAACGUUUGGUUUUGCACCGCCCGGCUGGCCUUCCCUUACCACAACCAAUCUGCCAACCCAUACUGGGUCUUCUUUGACGUUCUGGCCGACGUUGUGAAUGUCAUCGACAUCAUGGUUUGGCAACCUCGACUGCAGUUUGUCAAAGCCGGAGACAUCAUCAAAAACAGAGCAAUGACCAAGGUGCAUUACCGGAAAUCCCAAAGAUUUAAGACUGAUAUAAUCAGCAUUCUCCCAUUUGACCUCAUCUGCCUGCAGUUUGAAUUCUCCUCCAUAUACCGACUCAACCGCUUCAUCAGAUUUGAGUCUUUCUUUGAGUUCAGCGACCGGCUUGAGAGCAUCAUGGCCAAAGCCUACAUUUGGAGAGUGGCCCGCACCACAGGAUACCUCCUCUACGUGCUCCAUAUUAACGCCUGCGCCUUCUACGUUGCCUCAGUAAACCAGGGUCUUGCAACGACUACGUGGGUGUAUGACGGAAAAGGGACAGCGUACCUGCGCUGUUACUAUUUUGCAGUUCGCAGUUUGAUCAACAUCGGGGGGCUCCCAGAACCUGUAACUGUCUUUGAGAUCAUCUUUCAGAUGACCAACUUUUUCAUUGGCGUCUUUGUGUUCUCCAGUCUUAUUGGACAGAUGAGAGACGUCAUAGGAGCAGCAACAGCAGCUCAGACAUACUUUCGGGCAUCGAUGGAUGGCUGUGUUGAAUACAUGAACACUUAUACUAUCCCCAAACUGGUCCAGAACAGGGUCCAUGAGUCUGAGCUCUUGGACAAAAUGCCCCUGGUGAUGAGGAUCGCCAUCGCAGUGGACAUCAACUUAGCCACCUUCCAGAAGAUAGCGCUGUUUCAGGGCUGUGACCAGCAGAUGUUAGUAGACAUGUUGCUGAGGCUCAAGUCCAUCAUCUACCUGCCAGGAGACUUUGUCGUGAAGAAGGGAGACAUCGGGAAAGAGAUGUACAUCAUCAAAGGUGGGGCGGUCCAGGUGGUGGGAGGACCCGACAACAGCAUCGUGUUCGUCACGCUGAAGGCUGGCUGUGUGUUCGGAGAAAUCAGCUUACUACAGUCCGCUAAAGAUGGAGGAAACAGGCGCACGGCCAACGUGAAAGCCCAUGGCUUUGCAAACCUCUUUGUUUUGGAAAAGAAAGACCUGUUUGAUAUCCUCGUCCACUACCCAGAGUCUCAGAAGGUUCUCGCCAGGAAGGGCAGGCAACUCAUGAAAUCCAAAGCUGCAACCGGCGCCAAAGCCAAGGAGGAGAAACAGAAAGGGCUGACUCUGUUUGGACCAAAACCACCAACUCCAAAAUUCCUUAAAGCUUUUGGGAACUUUCGAAAAGGAGGUAUCCUGGACAAGCUCAAGUCUGUAGGCUUAGUGGCCUGUAUUGUCCGGUAUGCUGCACUGGUUCAGCUUCCCAGCUGGUGGGCUCUGCUCUGCAGAAACCGGCCUUUAACACUGGAGCUUCCAGAAGAUGAUCUGCCGGUCCUCUCCGCCUGUGAUCACUGA